GGAUGUUUUCAAUAUUACGAAUUUUAUUCAAAUAUAGAAAAUAGAUUUCACAUUAUUGUUUGGGCUCAAGACUAAACUUACAGUAAUUAGGCCUAUGUGAAGUGAUUUUAAAAGUCAUGCUGCCAAUGUUACAAUCAAUGCCAUGGAUUUAAUAAAACUCUUCAAGCGGCAGAAAUCUGUAACGAAAAAAGAGAAAAGUCCUGAACCAAGUGUGGAAGAAAACUCAAAUUCAGAGAAAAGUUCCACCUCAUCUAGUGUAGAUAAGCCGUGUGAUUUGAACCUAAACUUGAAGCCAACAGACAGUAAUAGUGGUAAAAGCUGGAGAAAAUCUAUUCGAAAAUCAUUUCGUAAAAGAAAACAAACUUUCCAAAGUAAUUCAUGCGAUAACAUUCUUCAUCAAGGAAUGUCAGACAAUAAUGAAGCAACAUCGAACACAAUAUUAUCUCGUCAUUCCAAUCGUUGGUCGUAUUCUCCCGAUCAUUCUGGAAUUCCUUUAGACCUUGGUGACAUGCAUGAGACAUUGAUGUCACGUCGACAUACUGAAGGCCAACUUUUAGUUGAAGUUUUACCCGUCAAUGCAAACUAUCAAAAUGCGAACAAUUCAAGCCAUACUUUCAAUUCGAUGCCUGCAAGUGUUGGAGGAUCUAAUGAAGUUUAUCGCGGUAAUAUAUCCAACCAAAGUGAAGCCAAUCACACCAAUCGUCACAUGAGCACAUUCAAGGAUCCCAUUUCUCCAAUAUCGCCAGAUUCACUCAGCUCAAAUUCUGCUGGAUAUGAUAGAAGAAAAUUUGAUAUUCAGCCUCAUGCAACCCUUUUUGAACAUGAAGCUGAAUCUGCGUUUGAUCAUUUUCAUAAAGCAGAGAAGCAAAAACAUGAGCCAGAAAAUUUUGAAUAUGAACAGGUUAUUCCUAACACAAAUGGCGAGAUUCCAACAUCUGAAGAAUAUCAAUCUCAUGAAUAUACUUAUAUUGCGGAUGAUGCGGCUGAUGAUAACAUAUCGUGGGGUUCAAAUGAAUUUUCAAACUCUGAAGACGAGGAAGAAGAAGAAGUAUAUGAUAAUGAAAUACUGGAAGAAGGUCUCGGCAAAGUUCAUAACGAAGAAAAAAUUUCAUUUUUUUUUAGAAAAAAUCGUGAGUCGGGUAAAGAUAUAACAGCUGCAGUUAGGAAGUUGAAAUUUCUCCAAAGAAAAAAUGCAUUGACAAAAAAAGUUUCUAGAGAAGAGGAACUGAACACAUUUAUUGACGUUAAACUUUCUAAAGAUCGACAUCCAGGACCGCAUUUACGGCCCGCACCAGAACAUCUAUUGCCAUAUCAAAGUCGACGACGAAACAUUGUUGAAACAAUCAUAAACAGCGAAUGUUCGUACAUUGACUCGUUAGAACGACUCGAAAUAAAUUACAAGAAAGCUCUACUUGAUGCAAAACCAGUUAUUAUUAGUUCCGAUCACAUCGAAAAAAUAUUUUAUAAAAUUGCCGAUAUAUUACAAUCUCAUCAAUUGUUUCAAAUCGCUCUUGCCGCAGCUGUCAAUAAUUGGGACGAUCACGAAACUAUCGGUGACACAUUUGUAGCUUCGUUUUCCAAGUCAAUGGUCCUCGAAUGCUAUAGCAGUUACAUCAAUAAUUUCACAUCUGCGAUGGAACUUGUUCGGAAAACUUGUAAACAAAAACCACAAUUUCUAGCGUUUCUUCGAGAAAGACAAAACGAAAGUCAAAAUCGUCUGAAUCUUUAUGGAUUGAUGUUAAAACCAGUGCAAAGAUUUCCACAAUUCAUUAUGCUCGUGCAAGAUUUGUUAAAAAACACUCCAAAUGAUCAUGCAGAUCGUUUACCUUUACAACUCGCUCUCACUGAGUUAGAAACUCUAGCUGAAAAUCUUAAUCAACGACGAGCGGAUGACGAGGAACAAUCUGAGAUGAUUCAGUUACUUGAAUCGAGUAAUAUCAAACUUAUGUCUAACCAUACAAGGGAUGGACGUACAAGAAGAUUAUUGAAACAAGGUUUUGUUCGAGAACAAACUUUUGCUGAUGAUGGUACAAUCGAAAAAGAUCGUGAAUGUUUACUUGUAUUGACCAAUGAUAUGUUACUCAGUUGCAAUUGUACAAACAGAAGACAACAGCCAAGAACACCGAUAUCCACGUUUCGAGAUUUAUACAAAUUAAAAUGGUGUGCAACAUUAGAUAUAUUAUCAGUACUUGAUGGUCAUUGCUCUUCAACAGCCAUCGAAUAUAAUAAAAUGCAAACGGAUAUGGCCACUCUUCAAUCUAUAUGUAUGAUGAUUGAAGAACUAAAUUUUCCUCACCAGGGAUUGUCAGUUCAACAGAUCGAGCCUUGUAUCAAUUCUCUGGAAGCAAGAAUGAAGCAAGCAGAAUUUGAUAAUAAUAAUUCAAGCGACAUAUCAUUUUCUGUACAUUUUCCACAAAAAUCUGGUGAUUUUAAAAGAACGUUAGUUAUGAGUGACAGUCAACAUUGCAAUGAAUGGUUGGAAAGUAUCAUCAAUGCCAAACUUGCCAAUGAUUCAAAAAAUCUUCACUGCUGGUUCAGUGCUGAUGGAUCAGAUAGUGAAUAUUUAUGGAAACCUCCUUUAUUCCUUGAAUCAGUGAAAUGUCAGGAUUCACAUAAGGCACUGCAGGUUCAGUGUGCUUAUGCAUUCAUGCCAGCAAAUCACAUCACCUUAUUAUGGUUAGCUUGUUCAGCCAGUACUGUUCUUGCUGCUGUUAAUAUUUAUAAAAUAAUAAAUGAGAAAACAGAAAAAGUUCAUGUUAUGCAGGUUGAAAGUUCUGUACAAUGCAUGGAACAUUGGAAUCCAUAUAAUGAAUCACCAUCUGUAUGGCUUGGCAUGGAAUGUGGAAGUUUAAUAGAAUUCAGUGCUGAUGCAUCGUAUUCAAAACUUUGUGAAGUAACAAUGCCAACUAUGUCUACUGUUAUGAUUAUGAAAGCUUUCGAAAAGAAUUUGUACGUUGGAUUGCUUGAUGGAAGUUUGCUGAUGUAUACAAGACCUGACGGUUGUAAAAGUCUUGUUCAUGUACAAUCAAUCACAGUUGGUAGUGGACCUCUCAAUUGUCUUUCUCCGCUGGACGGAAAAUUAUGGGGAGCAUCAGGGAAUGACCUUGUUACGAUCAACUUGAAAAACUUCGAAAUAGAAAGUGUGCGGACAAUUCAACCAGAAGAACCGUUGACCGUGAGUCAUGUAGUUCAAGUUGGAAGUGGUUUAUGGGUUGCAUUCUGUGAUACGUGUAGUUUACAUCUGUAUCAUUUGGAUUCGUUAAAACUUUUACAAGACUUGAACUUAUCUCGACCAAUACGAGAUUUUUUUCAAGGUUCAGGUUGGACCAGUCGAGUGAAUGAAAAUUGUUACAUAACAAGCAUGUGGAGCUCGUAUUGUCAAUUAUUAAUUGGUACAAGUAAUGGUUUGGUUUUAACAAUGCCGUUACCUAAAUUAUCUGGAUCAGUCCCAAAGAUCACAGGACCUUGUCGGAUAUGUUACCAUAUGCUGAGCGGACCUGUCAAUUUCUUGUGUGCUCCUGCGAUGCCACCUCCUAAACCUAAAAAAGUGUUCCGGUGGAUUUCCCGCCUCCUCCUCCAGAAAUACUCGAGAAUGUUGUAAAUGAUGACGAUGAAAAACCUCCAGAGAUUCCGGAACGAUCUCCUGUCAAAUCUUUGUUCUCUUCUGAUAAGUUUGGAAAAUUUAAACACAAAAGAACGUCAUCAGAAGGACUACUAAAUGUGACAGACGUAUCGCCAGCAUCCUCGUUCACAAAACCUAAAAAACGAUUUUCAAGUGUUGAACCGUAUUUUCAUAACAAUACAAAUCGAAAUUCUGGAGAAGAAUUCCAUAAACCACCUGCACUUCCACCAAAACCUAACACUCCAAGAAAAGACGAAAUUGUUACUGAAGAGCUGUUGGAAGAUGAUUUUGUCUUCAAUGCAAAGAAAGUGGAAUCAUUACCUAGCCCAACAUCAGAAAAGCAACUGACCGAAUCCAGAGCUCGAAACUUUCCUGUAUUAUUAGCUUGCGGUGAAGGCUAUAAAUAUCUUGGACAAGAUGACUCAGGAAGUCCCACUGAUACAUCACAUAGAGCAACAACGGUAUUAUGCUGGAAAAUAGUGGUCUAGGUAGGUAUUAUUCACCAAUUACUCAAGAUAAAUCCCAAGUAUACAUGGUUUUGACCAUAGAACUGAGGACACACAUCUUCUGUAGACGGAAGCACUUAACAAAUGUAGUUGAAUCGGGGCUGGUUUGAGUGAAAAUUGGUCACCAGAAAUUGAUGGACGUGCUGUUACUCUUUAAUAAAUAUAAUUUUAUGGUUCCUAUUUUUUUAUCCAUUGUGAUCAUUCUAUACAUCAUUUUACCUUUUAAGAAAAACCUAUUUUUUUGGUUUUAUGCUAGUAUAUAUAUGUACCGGUAUGCUGUGAAUGAAGCACAUUUGUGAUCAGUUUUGUGUAGAUGGUACAUCUGACUCAAUUUUGGGGAUUCAUUGAAGACUUACAUUACAAGUCGAUGGAUCAAUUUUAAAGCUUUUUAAUAAAUGUUCAUAUGGUUUUACUUCAUAUGUCAUUUAUUAAUUAUCUCAGCUGUUUUCAGCUAGUGAAACGAUAUUUUUAUGAUGGAUGGAUUGUAUCCCUCAUUAUUCAAAUCUUUUCCAAAUAUGUAUCAGUAUGUCCUUUCAUUUACCAUUACUUGGUACGCCUACCAGGUUCCUACAGUACAUUUUUUUAGCUGAGUUUACCUUUUUGAACUAAUAUUUCAGUAUUUGCUGUUCUAUCAAUUUACAUAUAUCUAUACUUUUAUAUUUUGGUGACGCAAUUGAAAUAUGUUUUAGCCUUCGAGUGUAAAUGUUGUUCAGUUUUGUCCUGUUGCUUUUUGAUGUGUUGUUUUAAAAUUUUGUCUUCAUUUUGGUACAGAUUUAAGCAAGUAUGUCCGUGAUAAACUGUGUUACUGAAUCUUAAGUGAAUAUAUUGUUGUUUUAGUUGUAGUUCUGUAAUUUUGCUAGUGAAAAUAAAAAUAAAUUGAUUUAUGAUAUAUAUAGUCAAAUUCAAAUUUUAAAUUCAUAUAAGUUGUCUGUCAAAUUCUCAUUGUUAUAUUUUUUUGUGGACACGAAUUUUAUAUAUAGGUCGUUUUGCUUAUUGUCAUUUUUUUUUUGCAAGAAAUUGAAAAAGUUUCCGAAAAAUUAUGGUGGUGAAAUCAUGGAACACUGUUAUCUAUAGUUAAAAACCUUAUGCUUUGUAGUGAAUAGGAACCAAUAUGGGUUAUAACCUUUGGCCUAAUGUGGUAAAGUAAAUAAAAUAGUCACAUAAUUAACACUCUGACUGACUAUGAUGAAUAAACAAAGAAGAUGUAUUUCAAAGUCUCAAUGUUAAUUUUCAGAGAUCUAAAAAUCCUAUGCUUUUGUUAAAUGUAAUAAUUCACUAGCUAUAUUUAAAUAAUUUCAUUCACUUUGCAUCGGUGUCUAUACAUCAUCAAAUCAAACACUAGCUUAGUAAAUCACUGGCAACGAUCACCUUAGCAAUUGCAACUUUUAUGCUAUGCUUCAUCUUGGUGUGUUGGAUGGAACCAAUGUUACCUUAUUCUAUAUUUGCUGUAGUAAACGUAUAUCUGUAUGUAUUGUUGUUAUGAUCAAGAUGCACUGUGCGCUAGUAUAUGCCACACUUGCUUAGAUUUAUUUUAAUGCUGCAACUUUUGCCUUUUUUGCACUGUUAAGAUUUGUGAUCUAUCAAGUAGAUAAUCACUUUAUUCUAAUCUAAACUAUGACUGAAAAUGGAGCAUGACACUGGAACAAUCAGCCAUAAAAUAUUUGAACAGUAAUCAAUUAAUAUAUGUUGAUAAAUUUUCGUGUUAGUAGAUUACUUUUAAUUAAAAUUUAAAUAUUAGCUGUAUUUCUUUAAACAAGAGCAAGGAGGGUGAACCGUUGCAAGUCACAAGGAGACCCACAACGUUUUUCCGAUGACCCAUCAAUUCAAUAAUAUUACAAACGAUAAGGUGAUGAAAAAAACAGUAUUAGGAGUCGUUCGGAAAAGAUACGACUCUUAUUGAUGCAAACAUUGAUUGAAUCUAUGACCCAAACUCUUGCUUUUCACGGUAAAAGUAUAAUGUGUGACCACCCAUUCAGCGAAAAAGCUUCGUUAUCCCUGAUCAAGAGGGAUGUACAGGCUCACUAUUGUUAAAGCGAUAAAUAAUGGAUUUAAAAUGUAAAAUAAAACAAUAAGCAUAGCUGUACAAUAUUAGAUCAAAUAAAAUUUUCACAUUCUCGAAAUUCAGAUAGGCGCUGUAGCAAGUUUUGGGUACUGUUAUAUUACAGUAAAACACUUUAUUUUGCAACUGGGUUUCACAUGGAUGACAUACAAUCAUGAACUAGGUCAUGACGCUUUAUUUGCAUUGAUUAUUGCUUAAUUUUGGUGCUUAGUUGCGUCUUGUGAAUGUAUUUUUGUUUUACUCUUAUUGUUACUUUUACAUUCUCAAUCUGUUUUUGUAGUGUGAAAAUACUGCUGUAGUCGUUACUGCAUAAAUUCAAUGAUUUGAAAUAUUCAAAUAAUAUUUUUUUUCUCGCUGUAAAUUGCCGUUAUUUUACCAAAUGAUUGCACUUUUUGCUUCUGCUUUUAAGUUAACUACAUUAUUAAUACUGAUAUUAAAUAAAAAAUAAUAAGUUGCUUAUAAACGAGAA